AAUCCAUUAUAUUCCAUAUUUAACAGGCCGUGCAGAAUGGGUAGAUAAAGGACAUAGGAAAUGCUUCAUUCUGUGGCAUCGCAUUCAAGAUUGGGCUGACAUUAUUUUACGUUUUGUGAAGGACAAUGGGUUAGAGGAUGGUGUUAUGACUAUUGAGGAAUUACGUUCAGGAAUUGAAUCUCGGGCAACAGAGCUUCGCAGGAUAGAUCAUACAAUUUUGAUGAGGGCAUUGAAACUACUAGAACAAAAAGGGAAGCUUGCAAUCUUUAAAGGAAGUUCAACCGAUGAUGAAGGUGUGAAAUUCUGUGUGUAAUGUUUCAACUGUCUAAUUGAAGAAGAUACUUUCUUUCUGUGUAUGAUAAUUAAUUAUAACUAUGCUGAUUGCCCUUUGUGGACUUGAUCAAUUAAAUUAUUAUCUUCAGAUAUGAAUUUUUCGACUCUUUUA